GUUCAGCCACUAUAAACGACACCGUCUGGUCUAUCGCGAACCUUCGUUCCUGUUGCCUUGUCAACAUCACCUCCUCCACCCACUGAUUCGGGCAGAGAGAUAUUAAUCUGUCGCCGACCAAAAAAAAUCUCUCUCUCUCUAGAAACUCUGUAGACAGUGAAAGUGAAAGUACAAAAGCAACCACCAUUGAACAGUUCCCUGUAGAUUUAUAAAGAAAGCAGCGGCGACUCAUCUGAGGUCAAAACCGACAUACUCAGAACAGAUCUCUCCGAUCCGGUCAACGGAUACUUCACGGCCUCGGGUGUUCCGGUUAAAUCACGAUCAUUGACGAAACGACGCCGUUUUCAGUUGUGUAAGUGUGAUUCGGUCUCUUUGAUAGGUCGAGUUCGGAGAGUUGGAAAAAUGGAUCGGGUGGCGAUGCUAGGGGGUCCUUGUAUGGACAUGCCGAUUAUGCACGACAGUGACCGUUACGAUUUCGUCCGAGACAUCGGGUCGGGCAAUUUCGGUGUCGCCAGGCUUAUGAGAGAUAAGCAGACGAAAGAGCUCGUUGCCGUAAAGUACAUCGAGAGAGGCGAUAAGAUAGAUGAAAAUGUUCAAAGGGAAAUCAUUAAUCACAGGUCUCUGAGGCACCCUAACAUAGUUAGGUUCAAAGAGGUCAUUCUAACACCAACUCAUCUGGCUAUUGUGAUGGAAUAUGCAUCUGGAGGAGAGCUUUUUGAACGAAUCUGCAAUGCAGGGCGCUUCAAUGAGGACGAGGCUCGCUUCUUCUUUCAACAGCUUAUAUCUGGAGUCAGCUAUUGUCAUGCAAUGCAAGUAUGUCAUCGGGACUUGAAGCUUGAAAAUACAUUGUUAGAAGGAAGUCCUGCUCCUCGUUUGAAGAUAUGUGAUUUUGGUUACUCCAAGUCUUCUGUGUUGCAUUCACAACCAAAAUCAACUGUGGGAACUCCUGCUUACAUUGCUCCAGAAGUGUUACUUAAGCAAGAAUAUGAUGGCAAGGUAAUACCGUAACCUUUAUUUAUUACAUCCUUCCUGAUAAGUUAUUGAAUUGGUUAACAGAAUCCUUCUUUCCAUUAUGAUACAACAUUGGCUUUGCUGAGGGAAGUGAAAAUAUUGUAUAUAGUGCAAACAGUGUAUUUAUAUGCAUAUAGUUUUAGAUAUUUAUGUUAUAACUAGUUGAUAUGUUGUUUGGUAGUAGUAAGUAAAUCUCUUUUGCAUAUCAAUUUUAUUAAUUUUCUCACCUCUCCGCAAGUAAUGUUAUAUCUGUUAACCCCCCUCCCCUCCUUUCCGCGUGCUUGCCUGCCUAUAGAAAAAUAAAGCAGAUCAUGCCAUGUUGGGUCUUAAUUACGUGAAGGCGAUGUGUUUAUCUGCCAUUUCUUCGGUUACGUCAACCAUUUACCACUAAGCCCAACAAUAUCUAUUUUUGAAAAACUUUUAUUAGAGCAUCUCCAAUCAUGACUCAAUUUUUUACUCAAAUUUGAAUUAACAUUUGAGUAAAAAGCUUGAUUUGAUACAAAGGGCUCUAAUGGACAAACUCAAAUUUAAAGAAAGAGAAACUCAAAUUUAAAAGUGGGCAAAUCUAAAUUUAAACGAGAAUAAAGAUGAUCAUUGAAUCUUUAAAAUAUGGUGAAAUCUCACCAUCAAAGAUUUGGAUAAAGAUUCGAAACUUUAUUGACACCAUGUUUGUUUGCUAAUGGAUGAAACGGAAAAUACACUUUCACACAUUUAUCCUUAUAAUUAUACAUAUAAACCUUGUAAUUAUAACCCUCACAAUUUGAUAAGCACAUAACAGGUUCAAUUACGACACCGAAAAACUAAUUUUUGGUACUAUAUCUCAAUUUUUUAUUCAUUAAAAUUUUGACACGUGUUAAUGUCCUUAUUUAUUACUUUGUUAUUUUUAUGAUUAAUGGCUACAAAUCAAAAUUUACGGCUUUCUAUUAACUUCGGUAUCCACAUUUUUUUUGUGGGUACAAAAGAAUUAUCCGGAACAAAUAUAUAUAUAGCGAGAGAGAGAGAGAGAGAGAGAGAGAGAGAGAG